AUGUUCCACCAAACUCCUUAUUCUCUUUCAUACUCGCAAGUUCAGCCACAGCCUCGUUUCUGCAUCUUCCGACCUGGUGGUCGUCUUGCUCCAUUGAUCCCUGCCGACGAAUUGCCAUCUUGGUUGCACAUUGGCAACUUUGGCCCAGACCUGACUGCAGCUCUGCAGCCAGUCUCUCUCAGCUUUAUUCCACGCGAGGGCGAAUACGACGUGAUCUGCCACCACUGUUCAAGCAGCGUCGAUUCCUUGCAUCAGAGCACCUCUGAGCGGAAUUCGGACUCGCAGUCUCCCCAGUCUGCCACCAGCCAAACCAGAAGUUGCCCAGGCACUUUCUUCACUCAGGCCAUUGACUGCGAUGUUCAAGCCGUGGUUCAACCCAUCGGCAUCACAGGCCAGGCUCCUGUUCAGGCAGCAGUGCAGAAUCCGUAUCUCGGCAUAUACAUGCUUCAGAUGCCAGCCAUCUCCUCCAACGUGAUGCCGUCGGUCAUGCGAACUCCCGCGGCCAUGGAGAAGGCUCGCGACAUUGCAAGCACCUGUUCCCAUAUCGGAUCUGAUCUGUUCGAAAAGACUUUUGCCCAAGGUGAACAUCCGACAUCCGGAUCAGAUGCAGAUUCAGAGAGAUCAGUCCUGGGGACUGAGAAGACAGCCAUGCCAGCUUCAGCUGAAAGGGUCGAUAGCCCGGAUCCCAGAGUGGACCACAUCUCCAGCCCCAACUCUCGGACUGGCUUUGACGCCGCUGCUGAGAUUGCAUCACGCAUCCAGGAAUCUGCCCUCAGGGAUGAUUCUCAUGACACGCGGACCGUUCUCGAGGCGAGCAUCGCCUCAACCCGAUCCCUCACAGCGGCCGUUCUACGACUCGGGCAGCUGAUGGAGGAAGGAAAAAUUCGUCGACCAUCAAAUUUUGAUCUCGGACGGCUCCAUCGAACCGGCUUCAAAGAGGAUUCAGAGACGCGUCCACGGGCUCCAAGUGUUCAUGUUCCUUCCAAGCGUGUUCGUGUCCGCCAUCGCCGUCGUCGUGCUGACAAGUCUGCCAAAUCCAAGCCGGAUGCUCCAAAGGUCAGCGAGGAGCCCAAACCUGAGCAGGAAAACUCCGCCACCAAGAGACGAGAACGCCGUCAGAAGUUGAAUCGAGGCAAGAAGGAUACCGGAAGUCCAAGCCGUUUUGCCCACAUGACGGCAAUGCAGAAUGGACAUGAGCUGCCGCAUCGCUGA